UAGGAACUGUGCAGACACACACACACGGGGAUCCAGGGACAGCAGCCCCUUGCACUGGGAUCUAGAGCCACAGCGCGCAAAGAGAGUUGAAGGAAUACACUCAUCUAACGCAACACAAUGGCAGACAAAAUCAAAGAUGCCAAGAUCAUCUUUGUUGUGGGUGGGCCUGGCUCUGGAAAGGGCACCCAGUGUGAGAAGAUAGUAGCAAAGUACGGCUACACUCACCUGUCCUCUGGAGAUCUGCUCCGUGCUGAGGUGGCUUCUGGCUCUGAGAGGGGCAAGCAGCUCCAGGCCAUCAUGCAGAAGGGAGAGCUUGUGCCCCUGGACACAGUCUUAGACAUGAUUAAGGAUGCCAUGAUCGCCAAGGCUGAAGUCUCCAAGGGCUACCUUAUUGAUGGCUACCCCCGUGAGGUGAAGCAGGGUGAGGAGUUUGAGAAGAAGAUCGGCAAACCCUGCAUGCUGCUGUACGUUGAUGCCAAAGGAGAGACCAUGGUCAAGAGGCUUAUGAAGCGUGGCGAGACUAGCGGCCGUUCUGACGACAAUGAGGAGACCAUCAAGAAGCGUCUGGACUUGUAUUACAAAGCAACUGAGCCAGUCAUUGCCUUUUACGAGGGCCGUGGCAUCGUCAGGAAGGUUGACUCUGAGCUGCCAGUGGAUGAGGUCUUCACCCAAGUCUCCAAGGCUAUUGAUGCACUGUAGUAAACAACAUAACUAGAUUAGCUGUGUCUGGUUGUUGUUGUUUUAUUUUAUUUUUUAAUGUUAUUUUAUCAGUAUGAAUUUCAUAGGGAAAUAACAUGAGCAACUAAAGAAAGCCCUUCCCACUCAUCUUGGUUAAAAGAAAAGUCAAGGCCAUUAAGGAUCAAAGAUGCCUUAACUCUACUCCAACUCCAGCAAUAGGAAUCUACAAGUUUAAGGCUCACACAACAAUGAAACGGCCAAAAGUAGCAUCUGGAAAUCAAUUUCUUUAUGUGAGUCUCACUUCCAUUCUGUGCUGAACAUGUAUGUGGAUGCGUCCAAGUGGCACCACAAAAGGUGUUGUUUUCAGGAGGCUACAUCUCCUAACCUUAAAGGCACCACUAUGUGCACUUUACAGAAUAUUUUCCUCUGCUUUAAUCCUGCCAUAUAAAAUGCAGAGUUUAUGGAAAAUGAUAAUAGAGUCAUUUAUGACUGUGCCAUUGAACAGUAGCAGGGAUCACCUACUGUGGACAAACUGGUGAAACUCUGUAUACAUGUACAUACACAGAAUUUUUAAAUUACUUUUCUCAUAUUUUAUAUUAAUCCAUUUAAAACAAUAUUGAAAGCACAGAAAUGGUCUACUUUUUCAUCAAGAUGCACACAUGUAACAGCUGUCUAUAAAGUGAUAUAUGUAAAAAAAAAAAGAAAAAAUAACAAAAAAAUUAAAGUAUACGAAAAAUCAA